CGCGGCGUGGGCGGGGCCGCAGGGGGUUGUCCGCCCGCUGCACGCACAGCACCCGCAGCCGUCUUGCGCCCGGUCCCGCGGUCGCAGCUCCAUCCUCUUCCUCCUCGCCGCCGUUGUCGCUUUGGCCACUCGCUUCGUGGGUCUGUCCCUCCGGCACACGGGCUCCAGCCGCGCCGAAGCAGCUUUCCAGCCGCUCCAGUCUCCUUCUCUGGCCCGACGCAGCCCGCGAAGAUGGUGGACCGCGAGCAACUGGUGCAGAAAGCCCGGCUGGCCGAGCAGGCGGAGCGCUACGACGACAUGGCCGCGGCCAUGAAGAACGUGACAGAGCUGAAUGAGCCACUGUCCAAUGAAGAACGAAACCUUCUCUCAGUGGCGUACAAGAAUGUAGUUGGGGCACGCCGUUCUUCCUGGAGGGUCAUUAGUAGCAUUGAGCAGAAGACCUCUGCAGAUGGCAAUGAGAAGAAGAUAGAGAUGGUUCGUGCUUACCGUGAGAAAAUAGAGAAGGAGUUGGAAGCGGUAUGUCAGGAUGUGCUGAGCCUACUGGAUAACUACCUGAUCAAGAAUUGCAGCGAGACCCAGUAUGAGAGUAAAGUGUUUUACCUGAAGAUGAAAGGGGACUAUUACCGCUACCUGGCUGAAGUAGCCACUGGAGAGAAACGGGCAACUGUCGUGGAAUCCUCUGAGAAGGCCUAUAGUGAAGCCCAUGAGAUCAGCAAGGAGCACAUGCAGCCCACUCAUCCCAUUAGGUUAGGCCUGGCUCUUAACUACUCCGUUUUCUACUAUGAGAUCCAGAAUGCCCCCGAGCAAGCCUGCCAUUUGGCCAAGACCGCCUUCGAUGAUGCCAUUGCUGAGCUCGACACUCUCAAUGAGGACUCCUACAAGGACUCUACUCUCAUCAUGCAGCUCCUCCGCGACAACCUAACGCUCUGGACAAGUGAUCAGCAAGACGACGAUGGUGGAGAAGGCAACAAUUAAGGCCCCCAGGUGGACUGGCAGCGCACGCUGAUGCUACUACUGCAGUCUUUAUUUUUUUCCCAUGAGUUGGGGGUCGGGUGGGGGAGGGAAAGGGAGGGAUGACCUUCCCAGGGAGAAACCCACGACCUGUCCUGUCUUUGAUCGCCUCUUUGACAUUUUUGCCAAAAUACCACUAGUGGAAAGUCAGGCUAGCUGUGCUGGAAUUGGAAUAGCAGCCUCACACUGGCGUAUGGACUGUUCUGUAGAUUAAUGCAAGUGGAGCUGUCUGUCUCUAAUUUAACUUAUUGCUAGAUAAUAGGGUUUUAAGAUGAAAAGAAAACUUAAAUGGAAUGGCCCUCAUUCAGUAAGUUCUGUGGUUCCAGUAAGGAUUUUUAUUAUGUACAUAUGCUCUUGUCUUAAGUUUUGAGUAAUUUCUAUCUCACCUGUUCUAGCUGUGCAUUUUUUUCAGGGUGUACUACCAGAUGUGGAAUAGUUUAAAUCCCAAACUGACAGACUUAGAACGUAAGGUUAUUCUUAUGGUUUAGGCCUUGCCGGUUUUCUAAAAUCUCUGAUUAGUUGACAGUAUUAACACUAAAUUGCAGUUUACAGUAUUUCUACAUUACAGCCAUAUGUAAUAUCAAGCCAUUGAUUAUGUAUUUUUCUUUGCUAGUUAUUUUGGCUUUACAUCCUUAUUCAGCCUUAUCCACGUUGGUUUAGCUGUUUAUCUGUCUCCUAGGCUAAAAGACUUACCUAAGGAGAAUCAAAGCUACUUUAGGUUUUGGUUAAUAGGUGCUUGGCAGGUGGCUGUGGGAUUUUUGUCCUUCUUAACUUUAAAUCCACCACGAAAAUAAUUAACCAUUUUAAUAGAAAUGCUAAACUCCACAAAAAUAGAGAAAAUUCAGGUCUGUAUGUCAUUUAUCGUGUUGGUAUUUUCAGAGAAUAUCCUGCUUUUGAAGCUGCCGCAGCUCCUUCCUCAGGGAUCACACUGCCGUUCACUCUUCACUUGGGUCUUUCCCACUGUACCUUGUGCUGGUGACGUGCAGUUGGGUUGAGAAGCCGCUGGAUUGUAGAAGCUGGGUGGUCGUUGUGAGAAGGUCUGUGGUACAGUAUGUGGAAGUUCAGGUGCUAGAAGCUUACUGGUAGAAAAACCCAAAAGGAAGAGCUGUAUUCAUAAACAUUCUGUCAAAUUUCAGGAGCCUUGUAAGUAUCUUGGUUUUUCCUCCCUGAAAAUACUACUUCCCCAAGUAACUGUUACAGGAAGAUUAACUAAAACCAUUACCAAGUAAUACUUGGUUCCUAUUUGACCAAAACUUUUUCUUUCUCUAUUUUUUUUGUUUUUAAUGAAAGCACAGAAACUGGAGAUUUGCUUCUCUCUUGUGCAGUCAGUGCAGAUUUUGGAAUUGACAGAAAUGACAUUGCUAUUUCCACACAUUUGAUUUUAGUUAUUCUUAGGGGUACUUCAUUUUCCUUUUGGAUAAGUCCAUGUAUAUGUAUACAUGACCUGCUGCAUGUGUGUUUACUUUCUUUCUUUUUUUAAAAUAAAAUCAGUAAAAGUGAGAAAUUCCGAGGUGGGUAAUGAUCCCAGACUUAUUUUGUUUUUUUGUUUUAUUUAGGCAAGGAGAGGUGUGAGUAAUAAUGGAGGAAAACUGACAGAUGGCUUUUGCUAAUACCAAAAUUGCGCUUACAAUUAUGAACUGAUUAUGUGCAACAGGAUACAGGUGACAGUGAAGAUAGAAGACUGAUGGUGACCAUAGAAUCAAUAUACUCUGUAACAUUGCACAGUUGACCCAGCAUGACUUUCCUUAGAAGGCCCCCCUCCUUAACGCUAGAGCGAAAGUCCUCAUUAACUGAAGCCUACCAGAAGAAAUAACUGAAGAAAGCUUCGCUGCUUUUGUGCCAUUACAGGAGCCUAAAGUCAUUGCCAUGGAUGGGAAACAAUUUGGGGGGUGGGGGUGGGUAGGUGGGGCUUUCUCUAACUUAUCUUCAUGUCCAGUGAGCAGUGUUGUGUCCUUCCUUGUAGCAUUUGGAAAUGAUUUACUGGAAUUACAAAACCUAUUUUUCCUUUAAAUUUCAGCUUUGGCUCUGGCUGCUUUUUAGAAUAAUGCAAGAUAAAAUCAGACCUGAGGGCUCAAAGUAAGGGGGGAAUGGGAGACUUGAUACUUAAGCAGCUUGAAUGGUUUCUUUUCUUUCUUUAUUUUUAAAGAAAUGCACUUGCCUAUGAUACUGUCUCUCCAGUGAAAUGAUUACGCCUCCAUUACUCCAUGGAUACAAUAUUGUGCAUGCUAGUGUUGUAUUUCUAUACAGUAGCUUGAAAUUUAUUAACUUAUACUGUAGGUGUUAUGUAUUCCUAUGACAAAAAAAAUUAAGUCUUCAAAUUUUUUUAAGUUUUUUUUUUUUUUUAAUUUAAUUUUCCCUUUUGGGGGUAAAGUUUGCUCUACCAAAUAGUGAUUGUAACAAAUUGAUUUGUUAUGGAUGUUGCUAUAGUGACAUGCAGUUAUAUAUUUUGUUUUUAAAAGGGGGGGAGCAAAAGAAACACCAGUGUUAGCUUAAUCUUAAUGUCUGGUGUUUGUCAUGGUGAAAUUAUAACUAUUACAGUGUAGGAGAACAACGAGUAUGUUCUCUGAAUGAGCCUUUGUGCUUUUUGUCAUGUUAUGCAGUGAACUAUUUUUAAGGUCUAAUCAGUGAUUAUUUUUCCAACUCCGUGUUUCUCUAAGGAAUUAUUUCACACACGGACCAUUCUUAGCAGUUUUCCUCAGUGAUGGAAUAUCAUGAAUGUGAGUCAUUAUGUAGCUGUCGUACAUUGAGCAAAUAAACUUACAGAUCUGA